CGCAUAUCGUCUUGCAGCGGUGUUUCAUUUUCCGUCGCAAGUUUUUCCAAUCAGAGCACUCGGUGUCGUGUCUGCAAGUUUUCGGGGCAGCUGUCUUGCUAUGGAGUACAUGCAUACGCAGCCUGCUCAACGCGAGCGGACAAUUCGUCAGCACCCCAACGGCUGCUGCGAGACCUGUCAUUUGAGAUAGAUGGCAGCACUAUAGGUAUAGGUGCCCAUCUUCCUGCAUGUUGGCUGUAGGGAAAAGAGAGGAUAUGACAGCUCCUCCCUGUCUUGGAUUCCUGUGCAGCAGUAGCCAAACAAGAAAAGGACCAUCCUGGUGUAUGUACUUGAACAGCAAGACCGCUAUGCUGCCACGCCACGGGACCUCGACUGCAUGCACGUCCAGCGUUUGGCUCCACGAGGUCGCACAUGACCGUUGCGUCGAGACAGCGAGCGCGGAUACCGCUUCUAUCGGCAGUGAGACAGCAAAUAUAGGUUCAUACGGGCAUACUGUACUAUGUGGUGGUACUCCUGGCAGCAAUCGAUCGAUGUUGUGCACAGCCGGGACCUUGUCCUCUUUCUUCACCUCUGCUUUGUUCACAUUAUCCCGCCUGCGGGCACUUGCGGCUGCCGGCGUGCCACCGCCCACCAACGCAAGCUGUGAGUGGAGAAGAGCCGUUCACUCGUCGUCACUUUUUUUUUUCUCUCAUGGCCCAGUCCCACAAUCUGCCGCCAACCCUGCUCGCGCCUGUUGCGGUUUAUUUUGCGCCACUCCGUGCCAUCCAGCGAAUCAGAGGCUAUCUACACCCAAGUGCAUAAACGAGGGUCCUGGCAAGUCUCAGUCUUGUGGAACGUGAGCGGCACGGCGAUAGCAUUUGGCGCCCCUGGUCGCGCUACCGGCGUCAGAAUGGGGAGACGCUGCACGGAGCGCAUGGAGGCUUGUGGAGAUGAAGCAUCCGAUAGUGACGGGGGACGGAGUACUCCGGAUGCACAAGAGCUCACUGACUACGCGAGACCUAAAAUCCUUCUCCACAGCAUCCCGACUGCAGAGAACCAGCGGUGAACAGAUGAUCGAACGAUCUAUUCUUAGAGAGCACAGACAGCGAUGCAUCAACAAGCUGCAGGGGGGCUCUGGUGUACAGAUUGUAUACAUGAGUGAGUU